AUGGGAUUGGAGAAGUGGGCAGAGUCAGCACACAGUUCGCCUGCCAGGAAUAGGAGGAAUCGAUGGCGAGCCACGUUGCACCACUUGAAGACGCUCAUAGCCCGAUCAGUGCGAUGUCCUUUCCAGCAUGGCCUGAAGCAAGGCGAGCCCCCGCGCGACAUGGGCGACGAUAUGACUUCGAAGGCGGAACAGACUCAUGACAUUCCGACCAUGACGCAUCAUGAUUGUGCCGCUCAUGAGCUUCUACAGGCUUUGGCGUCGCUGGUUGUGUCUUCGCACCUCAAUGUGGCUUCUUACAUCAGGGAGUGGCAAAACGCACCGCCCAAAGCUCCUGGGACUCCGCUGCGGGCGCUCUUUCCUGUCCCUCCUGUGCACGCGUGGCCAGAUGAGGUGCAGCAUUCUUUCAAGGACGCCGAAGUGGUGUUGAAAGUCUCCAACUUCUGCUUGGGUACGCUUAACUGCUUGCAGACCGGGAUGAAAGCUUCUUUUGGGCAUGCUUCGAUGAACAAAUUUCCGUCCACAGCUCAAAAGGCCACGCAGAUCCACGUUUGCAGGAUGACAGCUAGUUUCCUGCAGCGUUUGAAGGAGGAACUUGGCUCUUCGUUGCCUUGGCGUGGCUCUUUUGCAGCUUGUGAGCCAGGGGCUUUUGGUUCUUACGAGCACAUCCGGGCAGAAGCUGUCGAUCUUCCUGCAAAGGCUGCUACCUGUGAUGCUUCCAGGCUGGUAGGAGAAAAGCUUGGUGCUCAGAUACAGUCAGCAGCUGAAGUUUUUCCUGCCGGCCCAGGCUUGACUUUGGAGCAGACCAUUCCUGUGAGCCAGCGCGCCGAGUACAUAGCUCUCACGGUCAGAGAACUGCGUUGUGGGAAGCUAAAGCUCCGUAAGGAGAUUGCAGGCAUCGGUGGCGUUUUUGCUGCUGCUAAAUCCGGAGGUCGACAGCGCAAAAUAUGGAAUGGUGCAGACUUGUCACAAGUUGCAGCUCGGCCGCCCAGACCCAGACGUUUGGCGAGCCCUGCAUCUUUCCUUGACAUGGAGGUGGAGCCAGGACAGCGAAUAUACUUUUCCAAGAGAGAUGCCUCGACGUAUUUUGACGUCCUGCAGGUCCCUGAUGCUUUGCAGCCUUACUUUGGUCAACCGGCCGUGACUGUGAAGGAACUUGUUCAUGCUGGCAUGAGCGUUGACGACAUCUGGGAAGCCUGUCAAGACGUACAACGUGGGGAUCUCUUGGGAGAUUUUUGCGUGUACCCUGUACAUGCGGUCUGGCCCAUGGGCUUUUCUUGGUCCUCAGCAGUGGCGCAAGAUGCCACUUUGGCAGUUUGCUUGGCCGCCGGCAUCCCUGAGGAACAGAUUCUGAGUGUGGAUCAUGACACGCCGAGCUGCCAUGAUGAAGUUUGCUUGGUGGCUACAGAUGAUACUGUUCUGGUUCACAAGAAUGCUGAGCAGGGCGCCAAGCGGUUGGAAAAAUUGGACAGGGCGUUUGACGAAAAGUGCGUUCCAAGGAACCUAGCCAAAGACGUCUCGCUGGCGGAGAGUCUAACAGCUCUGGGUUGUGACCUCACAAACAGCCCGGCCGUCGCGCAACCGAGCCGCAGCAAGCUUUGCUCAUGUAUUUGUCGCACACUGGACCUGCUCACCGAAGAAAAGGCCAGUCCGCUGGGUUUCAACGCGAAUCUUGGUGUUUGGCAAUGGUUUGCGCUGCUGCAGCGUGGCUUUUUCUCCAUAUACGAUGCCGCAUAUGCUUUCGUGAGGCGGGAGCCGCCCGCUGAAAAGAUCAACGUGCCGCCGGCAGCCCUGAACGAGAUGCUGGUUACGCUGCUGCUGGCGCCUCUUUUGACCGCUCGGCUCGAUAGAGCCGAAGCUGCCACAGUCUGCCGCCUGGCAGAGCGACGUGGUGACUACGUACGUCUCACUCCUGAAGAAGACGAUGAUGCCUAUGUCUCUCGGCUUGGCAAACCACGACAGCUUCGGUACACACAGCGGGACUUUAAGACUGUCAUCUCUGAGCAAGCAAAGUGGAUGGCGCAUUCAGGAGUGCUGGAGGCCCAUGCUUUCUUGCUUGCGCUCAAAUGGAUCUGCAGGCAGGCCAACAAGCAUGGGCGCAAGGUGCCCUUCUUGAUUGACGCGAAAGUAGUGGUGGGCGCGAUAAGCAAAGGCAGAAGCUCUGCGCGCCCUUUGCGCACUUGCUUGCGGUCAGCAGCAGCACACGUCAUGGCAGCUGACCUCCUGCCCAGACUGAUCUACAUCCCUAGCGAGUCAAACCCUGCAGACCGGCCAAGCCGCGGAAGACGCCAGCCACCGCCUGCGAGACGGCCAGUCCGCAGAAGCAUCGGCAAGCAGAAGUUUUGGGUGUAG